UUGUUUUCUUUAGAUUCGGAAGCUUCUUCAAGCGACACCAUAACGAGCAACGGGGAAGGUCGAAGAGGUAAACCUCCUCCUGAUCGACAUGAAAUAUAUCACAUCAAAAUGCCCGAGGGCAAUACCGCUCGCACAAGGCAGAUUAUGCAGAAUGCAACUAUGAUGCGCAAGCAUGGAUUAGCUGUUCGCGGGACUACCGGUGUUCGUCAAGGUGGCAGAUCUGUAAGCCCGAUCGACAAGAAAAGCGCUGCAGUUAUGCGUAUGCGUCAAGAACGAGUCAAGGCAGUCACUCCAUUUACAGAAGAACCGCCAGGUAGUGAUCCAAUCAUAUCGCGUUUGGGUGUACGAGGAUUGCACUCGGAUUUAACCGCUAGAUCAACUCUGAACAAAGUGCAGAAGCGAAGGUUUGUAAACUAUUCUGUUUCGAUUUUCUUGGAAACUUACCAAGUAAAUGUGAACCUCUUUUUGAGAAUAGCAUAUGUAAGCACAAAAUGUUGAGA